CAAUCAACUAAGCUCGUUUAGAGAAUUGUAUAUAAAGCUGUGAAAUUAAUUAUUAACCAGUGUAACAUUGUAAUGCUUUGUCUAGUGACAUUAAUGAAGGGUAUUUUGUGCGUGUAAACUGCUCCCGCACUUUUAUUCAGCUCCCACCGCAAAAGUGAAUCGUUUUCGGUCGACUCCGAGUCAACUGAAUCAACUGCACUGCAAAAUGAUUCACUGUUUUGAAUCGCUCGAAUCAUCGCACACUGAUGACACACUGCUGCUCAAAACAGUGUUUUAAGUCCAUUAUCUCACUCUGACUGACUCCCUUAUCAGUGCGCUGACUACCGGGAACUGAUUGAGACGCACUCGGAGAUUAAGUUUGCAUUCAUUUUUCUUUUUGUUAAUUAUUCUCAUCUUAAACUGGAUAAAGUGUCCAAACACACAGAAAAACUCCUGAAGCAACUGAGAUCCAAGUGACACGAUUAUAACUAUGGUGUUUAUUAAAGAGGAGAGUGAAGACGUGAAGAUUGAAGAAACAUUCAGAGUCAAACAUGAAGAUACUGAGGAACAAACAGAUCUCAUGGCACUGAAAGAGGAGAGUCAAGAACUGAAUAAAACAGGAGAGAAAGAUCAAAAUGAUACACACAAUGAUUUCAAAACUGGAGAAAAAUCUUUUAGUUGCUCAAAGACUGAAAAGACUUCCUCACCAAAAGAAGCUCAAAAAACACAAACUACAAACCUUAAUCCACACUUGAGAAUUCACACUGGAGAGAGACCUUUCACCUGCCAACAGUGUGGGCAAAUUUUCAAUCAAAAAGAAAGCCUUGAAGUCCACAUGAAAAUUCAUAUAGAAAAGAAGCCGUUAAUAUGCCCUCAGUGUGGAAAGGGUUUUACAAGGAGAUCUCAGCUUAAUGCCCACAUGUUCAUUCACACUGGAGAGAGACCUUUCACCUGCCCUCAGUGUGGAAAGAGUUUCACGAUUACAGGAAACCUUAAAACUCACAUAAGAACUCACACUGGAGAGAAACCUUUCACCUGCAAACUCUGUGGGAAGAGUUUCUCAUUAAAUAAUGGUCUUAAGAUUCACAUGAGAACUCACACUGGAGAGAAGCCAUUUGUAUGUGAUCAGUGUGGAAAGAGUUUUACGGAGAAAAAACUCCUUAAUGCCCACAUGAGAGUUCACACUGGAGAGAAGCCUUUCACCUGCGAACAGUGUGGGAAGGGCUUCACACGAAAAGAACAUUUUAAGACUCACAUGAAGAUUCACACUGGAGAGAAUCUGUUCACAUGUGAUCAGUGUGGAAAGAGUUUCACACGUAAAAAAAACCUUAAAAACCACAUGGAGAUUCACUCGAGACAGAAAAAUGUUAAAUGUCGUUAGUAUGAAAGGAGUUUCACGGACACAAAUCACCUUAAGAAUCAUUAAAAUUCACAUCAGAGAAAAGCCUUUCAUGUGCCAUCACUGUGGAAAGAGUUUCACAAACAAUGCAAACCUUGAUAAUCACAUAAGUGUUCACACCUGGAAAGAAACCUUUCACCUGUCCUCAGUGUGGAAAGAGUUUCAGGCUUAAAGGAAACCUUAAGAGUCACAUGAGAGUAACAAAUGUUAAAGCAGCAUGAAAUUGCAAAAUCAUUCUGGGAAGAAAUUGCUAUUUCCCCAGAGUGACAGGAGGUU